CCUCCUGCAGUGAGGAGGACAUCCUGAAGGAGCUGGAGGAGUUGUCUUUGGAGACGCACGGAGGCAAAACGAAGAAAGCCGACGCCGCUGACGAGGCCGAGGCCAUCGAGCCGCCAAAACCAGAGAAGAAGAAGACCAGGAAGGGCAAGAAGGGCGGCGCCAGCCCCGAAGAUGAGGAGGGCGACGAGGGCGAAGGUCAGGUGGACGGAGAGAGGAACGGAGAGCAGAAAGAAAACAAGAAGGCGCCUCCUGCUGCUCCUCCCUCUGACUCCGAUGACGACAGCGGCUCACGUUCUCGCCGCAACACAAAAGGAGGCAAAAAAUCUCCGAUGUCUGACGAAGACGAGGACAAAGGCGUGAGGAGGGGAGGAGGAGGGAAGGAGGAGGACAGGUCAGAGGACGAGGACGAGGAGUUCCCCUCCAGGAGGGACAAGAAGAAGAAGAACAAAGGCAAAGCGGCAAAGGCGGACAGCGAGGACGAGGACGAGGACGAGGAGGAGGGAGGAGGCUUCAAGAUGAAGACGGCGGCGCAGAAGAAGGCGGAGAAGAAGGAGAGGGAGAAGAAGAAGAAGGAGGAGGAAAGGCUGAAGCAGAAGAAGCUGAAGGAGAAGGAGGGCAGCGUGGAGCCCAAGAAAGAGCCAGAGAAGAAGACGGCGGCAGAGGCCACGCCCCCUCAGGUUGCUCCACCUCUUGCGGCGGCGGAGGAGCAGGAAGGGGCGGAGCCAGCAGGUGAAGAGGAGGCCGAGGGAGACAAGAAGAAGAAAGACAAGAAGAAGAAGAAGGGGGAGAAGGAGGAGAAGGAGAAGAAGAAGGGACCCAGUAAAGCCACAGUGAAGGCCAUGCAGGAGGCUCUGGCCAAGAUGAAGGAGGAGGAGGAGCGAGCCAAGAGGGAGGAGGAGGAGCGUCUGAGGAGGCUGGAGGAGCUGGAGAAGCAGAGGCAGGAGCAGGAGCGCCUGGAGCUGGAACGCAAGGAGAAGAAGAAGCAGAAGGAGAAGGAGAGGAAGGAGCGUCUGAAGAAGGAGGGCAAGCUGCUGACUAAAGCUCAGAGGGAGGCGCGAGCUCGGGCCGAGGCCACGCUAAGACUGCUGCAGGCUCAAGGUGUUGAAGUGCCAUCCAAAGACUCGAUGCCAAAGAAGAAGCCGGUUUACGGGGACAAGAGGAGGAAGAAGCCCAACGCUCAGACUCCUGAGGGUAACCUCCUCACCACUCCUCACU